AUAGAGCAAAAACAAAUGGCUUACACAUGAGCAAAUAAUUACUCAGUCAAUCUGCUGACGUAAGUACAGUAUGGACAGCUUAACAGAGCAGGACGUUCAAAAGAAGUAAGUAUGGAUGUCUUAACACAGCAGGAGGUCCGAAAGUACCGUGAAGAUGGCUACCUUGUGCUGGAAGGAUUCUUCAGCCCGGAGGAGUGUGACGCGCUGCGAGAACGGAUGAGUGAAAUAGUGGAGCAGAUGGACGUCCCAGCUCACUGCCGCACUCAAUUCUCAACCGAUCACGACGAGCAGCUGCGGAACCAGGGAAAUGCAGAUUACUUCAUCACAAGCGGGGACAAGGUCCGUUUUUUCUUUGAGAAAGGAGUCUUCGACAUAAAUGGGGAGUUUACUGUCUCGAGGGAACGCUCACUAAACAAAGUUGGACACGCUCUCCAUGCCCAUGAUCCUGUAUUUAAAUCCAUCACACACUCCCCUAAAGUCCAGAACUUGGCUGAAAAACUGGGCCUGAUAAGUCCUGUUGUUUUGCAGAGCAUGUAUAUUUUUAAGCAACCAGGCAUUGGUGGAGAAGUGACGCCUCAUCAGGAUGCGACCUUCCUGUACACGGAACCUCUGGGACAAGUGAUGGGAGUAUGGAUCGCUCUAGAAGACGCAACCCUCGACAACGGCUGCCUGUGGUUCAUACCAGGCUCGCACAGGAACGGAAUCACCAGGCGGAUGGUUCGAACCCCAAAAGGCACAUUCCCUUUGACUGACUUCAUUGGUCGAGAACAAAAUUACGAUGACGGUCUCUUCGUAGCAGCACCUGUCAAGAAAGGUGGCCUGGUUCUAAUCCAUGGUGAAGUGGUCCACCGUAGCGCCGAGAACACCUCCGACGCAUCACGUCAUGUUUACACCUUCCAUAUCAUGGAGUCCGAGAACACGUGCUGGAGCUCCGAGAACUGGCUACAGCCGACUGAAGAGCUUCCCUUCCCAUCACUCUACACCUAAAACUGCCUGCUUUAUGAUAUAAUAGUUAUAGAAUUAUAUUAAUUACGAGUAUCAUUUCCUGUUUUUAUAAUAAUCUGCUAAGACAAUUCAGAGUGAUACGUCUAGCUCUUACGAAGAGAAAACGAACUCGUAGAUCAUGUAUAAUAUACGACGCAGUGAUUUUGGAACGUUUACUCACUAGGUACAGCGUUCAGUGUUUGAGUAUUUUAGGAACUAUUCCCAUAUUUGUAUGCACAAACCAAGAAUAUUUUCUUGGACAUGUAUUUGGAUAAUUUUAUUAAUACAGUCACUGUGCAUGAUGUUAAUGAAUAAAUCAAAUAAAACUUUAUAAGGUAUAUGAAGUCUAAAUAAAAAUCUGAUAAGUGCA